AUGUGGAAGACGUUAUUCCAAAUUACCUACCAGAUGAUUUCAAAAAACAAGUUUAGAGUGUCAAGAGAUACCUUUUCCAAAAUUUUAGGUUAUCUGUCAAGUUCGCCAGAAAUUACUGUAAGACAGCCAAGCAGUGGACGCCCACAGGUGACAUUAGAAAAAGCUCUGUUGAUGAUAUUAUGGUAUUUUGGCAAUCAAGAUACAGCCAGAAAUAUUGCAGACAGAUUUGGAGUGCAAGAGUCUACAUUUUUUAAGUAUCAAGUAAAAAUUAUGGACUAUUUCUGUAACAGUUUAUGUACACGAUUCAUUGUUUGGCCUAAAGAAGAUGAAAAACAAAUGAUAUUAUUAAACUUUCCAGAGAAAAAAGGAUUCCCUGGUGUUCUUGGGGCCGUGGAUGGUACGCAUAUCUCUGUUACACCACCAAAAGACAGAGAAGGUGAUUACAUAAACAGAAAAGGCUUUCAUUCUGUGGUUCAGCAGGCUGUUUGUAGAGAUGAUAAAAGAUUUACAAAUGUCUACUGUUGA